CGCCGCGCGCAAACUGCGUAAACGCCGUACGAAACCUGGGCGACUGUCGCGCAUGCUCAUUGCUAGGGGGGAGUGAGAGAGGAGCAUGAAUGGAGCAAAAUGGCGGAUCAUGUGCAGAGCCUAGCCCAGCUAGAGAUCCUGUGCAAGCAGCUGUAUGAGACCACGGACACCAGCACUCGGCUUCAGGCGGAGAAGGCCCUGGUGGAGUUUACCAACAGCCCAGACUGCCUGAGCAAGUGCCAGCUGCUGUUGGAGAGAGGGAGCUCAUCUUAUUCCCAGUUGCUUGCUGCCACGUGUCUUUCCAAGCUGGUGUCGAGGACGAGCAAUCCUCUUCCCUUGGAACAGCGUGUUGAUAUUCGGAACUAUGUACUCAACUACCUGGCGACCAGGCCGAAGCUGGCGGCCUUCGUCACCCAAGCCCUGAUCCAGCUCUACGCCAGGAUCACCAAACUGGGCUGGUUCGAUUGUCAGAAGGAUGACUACGCCUUCAGGAACGCCAUCGCUGAUGUCACACGCUUCCUGCAGGACAGCGUAGAGCACUGCAUCAUAGGAGUCACCAUUCUCUCCCAGCUAACCAAUGAGAUUAACCAGGCAGACGCGACGCAUCCGCUAACCAAGCACAGGAAGAUCGCCUCCUCUUUUCGGGACUCGUCGCUCUUUGACAUCUUUACGCUGUCAUGCAACCUUCUCAAACAGGCCUCGGGGAAGAACCUUAACUUAAAUGAUGAGGGCCAGCAUGGGCUGCUCAUGCAGCUGCUGAAGUUGGCCCACAACUGCCUCAACUUCGACUUCAUCGGCACCUCCACCGACGAGUCCUCGGACGACCUGUGCACGGUGCAGAUUCCCACCAGCUGGAGAUCCGCCUUCCUGGAUUCCUCCACCCUGCAGCUGUUCUUCGAUCUGUACCAUUCCAUCCCUCCAUCCCUUUCUCCGUUGGUCCUGUCGUGCUUGGUACAGAUAGCAUCUGUAAGGAGGUCACUCUUCAACAAUGCAGAACGGGCCAAGUUCCUGUCCCACCUCGUGGACGGAGUAAAGAGGAUCCUGGAGAACCCACAGAGUUUGUCAGAUCCCAACAACUAUCAUGAAUUCUGUCGACUGUUAGCCAGAUUGAAGAGCAACUACCAGCUGGGUGAGCUGGUUAAGGUGGAGAACUACCCAGAAGUCAUAAGACUAAUAGCUAAUUUCACCGUAACCAGCCUACAGCACUGGGAAUUCGCCCCCAACAGCGUGCACUACCUGCUGAGCUUAUGGCAGCGGCUGGCCGCCUCUGUGCCCUACGUUAAAGCCACGGAACCACACCUGCUGGAGACCUACACACCCGAGGUCACCAAGGCCUACAUCACCUCACGCCUAGAGUCUGUACACAUCAUCCUCAGGGAUGGCCUGGAGGAUCCUCUGGACGACACGGGACUGGUCCAGCAGCAACUGGACCAGCUGUCCACCAUUGGUCGCUGUGAGUACGAGAAGACGUGCGCCCUGCUGGUUCAGCUCUUUGACCAGUCCGCCCAGUCCUACCAGGAGUUGCUGCAGUCCACCAACUCGAGUGCCAUGGACAUUGCCGUACAGGAAGGUCGUUUGACGUGGCUGGUCUACAUCAUUGGUGCCGUUAUUGGGGGAAGGGUCUCUUUCGCCAGCACUGAUGAGCAAGACGCCAUGGAUGGAGAGCUAGUUUGCAGGGUGCUACAGCUGAUGAACCUGACUGACUCCCGCCUGGCGCAGGCCGGCAAUGAGAAGCUGGAGUUGGCCAUGCUCAGCUUUUUCGAGCAGUUUCGCAAGAUCUACAUCGGUGACCAGGUGCAGAAAUCUUCCAAGCUUUACCGCCGCCUGUCGGAGGUCCUGGGCCUGAACGACGAGACCAUGGUGCUGAGCGUCUUCAUCGGGAAGAUAAUCACCAACCUGAAGUACUGGGGGCAGUGUGAACCCAUCACCUCCAAGACACUGCAGCUCCUAAAUGACCUCUCCAUUGGCUACAGCAGCGUGAGGAAGCUAGUGAAGCUCAGUGCUGUUCAGUUCAUGCUGAACAACCACACGAGCGAGCAUUUUUCCUUCCUGGGCGUGAACAAUCAGUCAAACCUGAGUGACAUGCGAUGCCGGACCACCUUCUACACAGCACUUGGCCGGCUGCUCAUGGUGGACCUGGGUGAAGAUGAGGACCAGUUUGAGCAGUUCAUGCUGCCCCUUACGGCCGCGUUUGAGGCGGUGGCGCAGAUGUUCAGCACGAACACCUUCAACGAACAGGAAGCUAAGAGGACGUUGGUGGGUCUGGUGAGAGACCUGCGGGGCAUCGCCUUUGCGUUCAACGCGAAGACCAGCUUCAUGAUGCUCUUUGACUGGAUCUACCCCACCUAUAUGCCUAUCUUGCAGAGGGCAGUUGAGCUGUGGUACCAUGUCCCUGCAUGCACCACGCCUGUGCUCAAACUGAUGGCAGAACUGGUGCACAACAGGUCACAGAGGCUGCAGUUCGACGUGUCAUCACCCAAUGGGAUUCUGCUCUUCCGGGAAACCAGCAAGAUGAUCACCACAUACGGAAACCGUAUCCUUACACUAGGGGAGGUGCCGAAGGAUCAGGUGUACGCUCUCAAGCUGAAAGGGAUCUCCAUCUGCUUCUCCAUGCUCAAGGCAGUGCUGAGCGGCAACUACGUCAACUUCGGCGUCUUUCGGCUAUACGGGGACGAUGCGCUCGACAAUGCCCUGCAGACUUUCAUCAAACUGCUGCUCUCCAUACCCCACAGUGACCUGCUGGACUACCCAAAGCUCAGUCAGUCCUAUUACUCUUUACUGGAGGUUCUGACGCAGGAUCACAUGAACUUCAUCGCCAGUCUUGAGCCCCAUGUCAUCAUGUACAUCCUGUCCUCCAUCUCAGAGGGACUGACAGCCCUUGACACCAUGGUGUGCACAGGAUGCUGCUCCAGCCUGGACCAUAUAGUCACGUACCUGUUCAAGCAGCUGUCACGGAGCACUAAGAAGAGGCCCGCCCCCAUGACGCAAGAGAGCGACCGCUUCCUGCACAUCAUGCAGCAGCAUCCUGAGAUGAUCCAGCAGAUGCUGUCAACCGUACUAAACAUUAUCAUUUUUGAAGACUGUCGGAAUCAGUGGUCAAUGUCCAGACCUCUGCUUGGCUUGAUCUUGCUAAACGAGAAGUACUUUGCUGACCUGCGGAACAGCAUCGUGAACAGCCAGCCCCCUGAAAAGCAGCAGGCCAUGCAUCUGUGCUUCGAAAACUUGAUGGAAGGCAUCGAGCGCAACCUGCUGACCAAAAACAGGGACCGGUUUACGCAGAACCUCUCUGUGUUUAGAAGAGAAGUCAACGACUCUAUGAAGAAUUCCACGUACGGGGUGAACAGCAACGACAUGAUGAGCUGACAUUCCACAGAGCACUGGGCCUCGCCCUCACGGCAAGCCUCCUGGCCCCGCCCCCGCCUCCGUGGGCUGCACUGCCUCGGAAAAGCCACCCCCCCCCUCGCAGCCGUCUCCUGGCCCACCCCCUCGGCCUGGAUGCCAGGGGAACACAUCACACAGACCUGCAUCUCCUGCUCCUUUGACCUUAAGCCCAUCCCCUGCUCCCCUAAACUCAACCCCCUCCACCCCCCUUCCCCCCGCAGCCCAACCCUUCCUUUUUAUAUAUAUAUAUAAAUAUAUAUAUACUUAUAUAUUUUAAAGCCAGUUUCUAGAGGUCACUGUUCUGACCGUACUGACAAUUGGGGCUCAAAGUCCAAAGAGAGAGGGGAGGAGUUUGGGGGGGUGGGGCUUGUGUGACAAUUCUUAGGGACUUCCUGAGUGGGAAGCAUCCUCAUGUAUGAGAGACAGUGUGAGAGAAGGACAGACAGGGAAGGGGGUGCUGGUAUCUGUAGAACACUGCUUCUGCCUGCCUUGUACAAAACAAAAAAAAUAAAUCACAAGGAAAAAAAGUGUACAUUUUUUCAUAACAUUUUGAACAAUGUUUAUAUUAAUUCAAUUUAAAAAAAAAGGAAAAAAGUGUGAUUGAAAUUUUUACAGUACAGUAAGUUAGUGCAACAGUGCGGGUUUGUUUGUAUGAAGAAUAUUAUAUCUGGGAGGUGAGAUGUGUCCGAUUUCCGAAUGCAUGGAACAAUGGAGCUGGGGUGGGUGGGGGGGGUACUGAUGCGGGUGUAAUCAUUUAACCUGUUGUAUAUUUUCCUGUUAACUUUGGGAUGAUCCAGGUGUGGAAGAAUCUGUACAUAUAAACUCCUGGAGUUCGGCAGACUGGUGCGGAUUGGAGUCGGAGUUGGUUGGUUGUUCCUUCCUUGGGGUUUGCCAGAGUGAUAUUUGAGGCAGCUGUGGGGGUGUGUCCCCCCCCCCCACACCCCAAAACCAGAGCACUCUGCUUGCAGUGCAGGUCUAGCUUUGGGGCCUGCUUAGUUGCGACCUCAAGUUGCAUUUUGAAUAUUCUGAUUGGUCUGGAUGCUGAACUGCACAUCUGUGGUUGGCUGAAUGUGUGGCAUAGUUGUAGAUUAGGGCUUAUUGGGUCCGGUGCAGUAACUCCACCUACAUGUGCAGACAUACAUACCAACCAUAAGCUCAUAAAGUUGUACAUCUUUCCUGAAAUCAGUUUAAAAAGUCUUUAGGAUGUAGGUACAUGGUUCUCUAUGAACUCUUAACUGGUGGCUACAGAGUUUAAUCUCCCAGGCUUUCUGUCUCGUGACUUAUUUGUUGAGCAGGCAUGUUGGUAGCAAAGCCUAAAGUAUCUUCUGCAGUCGUGUACUGCUGAAGACCUGGUACAACAUCCCCACAAGCAGAUCUGUCACAGUGGUCUAAUCUCACCUGAGCUCCUGCCAAUCACCUCCAAACCCCCUACCGAUUCAUCUCUGAAGGAUCCCACUUCUAUUUUUCAAAAGAGCAAAAAAAAAAUUAUGGUAGAUUUAAGGGGAAUAAAGACAAUUCAGAAUGGAUUAUAUUGGCAACAUAUGCUCUUCUCAACAUGUGUUGCUACUAAUAGUUUGUAAGAAAGUAAUUAUGUUCAACACUCAUGGAUAUUCAUUUAUCCCCCCCCCCAUUUCCAGAUGUGAAUGUGUCUUUUUGGCAACUGUGUGUUGGGUCCAUCGAGUGAUAAGGUAUCUGGUUGAACUGUCUGGAUGUCUGCUACAUAUAGUGUAAGCUUGCAUUGUGAGUGCAAAAUAAAUGUCAUUGGUUUGUACUAAAA